GCCUUGGUUGAAAGCACAACAUAAAAUAAAGUUGUCAAAUACAGUACAUCGUUGUUGUGCAUCACCGGCAAUUUCAUAUUUGCUUUUUUGGUAAAUUUCGACUCUUCCCAAUAAAGCCACGGCAAUGUCCGGUCAGUACCCUAGUGGAUAUCAGAGUCCCAGUAGCCAUCGGGGCAAUUUCAAUAAUCCCAUGAUGCAACAGCAGCUUAAUCAGAUUGGCGUUCCCAAUCAAAUGGGAAUGAUGGGUUUUGGUCAGAACAACGUUAUGCAGAACCAGCAGCAAAUACAAUCCGCUGGCGGACAACCAGGCCAGGAAUUGGGCAUGAAUCCAAAUAUGCAACAGCAGCAAUUGGCUGCUCAACAGCAACCAAAUCCGAAUCAAACCCCUGGCCAGGGGCAACAGCAACCGCAAGGUCCGGGUCAGGGCCAACAACAACAGCAACCUUCCGCCCAGCAAUCUCCCCAGCUUGGUAUGGCCGCAGCUGGUCAAAACAUUGGACCGGCAGCUGGUGGAGCAGCAAUGAUGGGGCACACCGCAGCGGGACAGCCUGGAGCUGGUCCAGUAGCGAAUCCACAAGCUUCGUCUAAUAUGCAACAAAAGGAGUUCAACUUGCUAACGCUGUGUCGAAUUGGUCAGGAAACCGUCCAAGAUAUCGUCAGUCGUUUUCAGGAGGUUUUCGGUAUCCUCAGGGUUAUUCAACCGCCCAACGGUACCAACCAGGGGCUCACCUCGAGCAACGAUAAGAAGGCCAAAGUUCAGGAGCAGUUUCGCACCAUUCGGUUGCUGUUCAAAAGGUUGCGGCUGUUAUACGAUAAGUGCAACGACAACUGCCAGCAAGGAAUGGAGUAUACUCACGUCGAAAGUUUGAUUCCACUGAAAGGGGAACCGGAACGGGCCGAACCGGUUCACACAGAGGAGUACAAGAAAGCACUGCAGGAGAAUCGUGAGCUCAUCGAAAUUGUGAUGCUGAAGAAUAAGCAAUUGCGGGAGAUUAUCGACAAAAUUCGGUUGACGAUUUGGGAGAUUAAUACGAUGUUAAGUAUGCGAAGGUGUUGAGAGGGGUGUUUGAUAAUGAUGAUAAUAAACUUCUGAG